AUGAACUGGAUCAAGAAGACUCUAGCUGAUGUCGCUGGCACGCAAGAGCCCAUAUAUGGACCGGAAGCCAUACAGACCGUCACGAAACAAGCUGAGAAGAAACCAUAUACUGAGCUGACACCGAAUGACUUGAAAUGGGAGGGGAAACAACAUACUAAUGUCGAAACACAAACAUUUUACUUCAUGACCGAUGAGGGUGUAACUUGCAUGGCACAGAUCAUCUACAGCAAUGUCAUGGGCGUGCGUACGACCUGUCAGUUCAAUUCUAAGAUAUAUGAUCAUGACGGUCCGGGCAAGCACCAAUGGUGUUCUGAUCCUCUCGACAACCAUGGAUUCGAUGAGAAGAGGACAGGCUUUUUUGCCGAUGAUGUUGCCUUGUCAUUGAGUGACGAUGGUACAACUUACACUAUUAAGUCGGCCAAGAACCAAGAUUGCAUCUGCAACCUAACUGUCAAGAGAACCGCUCCAGGCUUCAUGGUUGGUGAAAACGGCACAUCUUAUUACGGUACAGAUCCCAGUCAUCCUUGGGGAGAAAUGUUCCACAAGUUCUGGCCACGUGCCGCAGUGUCGGGCACUAUGCAAACCAAGAAGAAGACGUACAAUGUCAAUGGAAGAGCAGUUUUCAUACACGCUCUGCAAGGCAUGAAACCGCAUCAUGCUGCUGCAAGAUGGAACUUUGUCAACUUCCAAACACCAACCUAUUCAGCUGUCAUGAUGGAGUUCACGACCCCACCCUCAUACGGAAAGACUGUCGUGAAUGUGGGUGGUAUCGCCAAAGAUGGAGAACUCAUUUAUGCUGGAUGCACCAAUACCGCAACACAUCUAGCAGUUACAACGGAUCCUGUUAGUCAAUGGCCAGAGCCAAAAGCUCUUCUGUGCAAGUGGACUGGAAAGGACGGUAAGCCUGUUGAAGCCGAGCUGAUGGGCGAUCUUGGUGAACGCGCGGAUCGAGUUGAUGUCUUAGCUCACGUACCUGCCAUUAUCAAGAAUCUCAUAGGUGGUGUUGUAGGCACCAAACCUAUCAUUUUCCAGUACAUCACCAAGGAUCAAAUGACACUGAAGGUCAAGGAAGGUGAUAACGAAACCAGUGAGAAGGGGUCACUCUUUUGUGAGGCCACUUUCAUUUCAUGA